AUGCGCGCACGCGCUCUGCCCGCCCGCGCGGCGCGACUGCUGCUGCUGGCGCUGCUGCUCGCCGGGUGUGCUGGAAACCCGGACGCGAAGCGGCUGUACGACGACCUGCUCAGCAACUACAACAAGCUAGUGCGGCCCGUGCUCAACGUGAGCGACGCGCUCACCGUGCGCAUCAAGCUCAAGCUCAGCCAGCUAAUUGAUGUUAAUCUGAAGAAUCAAAUUAUGACAACAAAUUUAUGGGUGGAACAAAGUUGGUACGAUUACAAGCUAUCGUGGGAGCCGCGUGAGUACGGUGGCGUGGAGAUGCUCCACGUGCCAUCCGACCACAUCUGGCGACCAGACAUAGUGUUAUAUAACAAUGCCGAUGGUAACUUUGAGGUGACACUGGCUACAAAGGCGACGCUGAACUACACGGGCCGCGUAGAGUGGCGCCCUCCCGCCAUCUACAAGUCUUCCUGCGAGAUUGACGUCGAGUACUUUCCCUUCGACCAGCAGACGUGCAUUAUGAAGUUUGGUUCCUGGACGUACGACGGAUUUCAGGUGGAUUUACGGCAUAUCGACGAGGCACGCGGUACUAACAUAGUGGAACUAGGCGUCGACCUUAGCGAAUUUUAUACAUCUGUGGAGUGGGACAUCCUCGAGGUGCCUGCUGUUAGAAAUGAGAAAUUCUACACGUGCUGCGACGAGCCGUACCUGGAUAUAACAUUCAACAUCACCAUGCGGCGCAAGACGCUGUUCUACACGGUGAACCUGAUCAUCCCCUGCAUGGGCAUCUCGUUCCUCACGGUGCUGGUGUUCUACCUGCCGUCCGACAGCGGCGAGAAGGUGUCGCUCUCCAUCUCCAUCCUGCUGUCGCUCACCGUGUUCUUCCUGCUGCUCGCUGAAAUUAUACCGCCUACCUCACUCGUCGUACCGCUGCUUGGCAAAUUUGUGCUUUUUACUAUGAUACUUGAUACGUUUAGUAUCUGCGUAACAGUUGUGGUGCUAAACGUCCACUUUCGGUCUCCUCAAACACACACAAUGGCUCCAUGGGUGCGCCGCGUGUUCAUCCACGUUCUGCCGCGUCUUCUUGUCAUGCGUCGUCCACACUAUCGUCUAGAUCCACAUCGAAGUCGCUUUGCGGGAUUAGUGACGAGCGAGGGCUGGUCGCCCAUAGUGGGGCCGGCCGGGCUGGGGCCGGCCGGGCUGGGCCCGGCAAGCGCGGGCGACGAGCGCUCGCCGUCGCCCGUCGCCUGCCGCCUGCACGACGCCCCAGCGUUGUGCGACUCGCUGCGGCGGUGGCAUCGCUGUCCCGAGCUGCACAAAGCUAUCGACGGUAUCAACUACAUCGCUGACCAGACUCGAAAAGAGGAGGAGUCCACUAGGGUGAAGGAGGACUGGAAGUACGUGGCCAUGGUGCUGGACCGGCUGUUCCUGUGGAUCUUCACGCUGGCCGUGCUGGUGGGCUCGGCCGGCAUCAUCCUGCAGGCGCCCACGCUGUACGACGAGCGCGCGCCCAUCGACGUGCGCCUCUCCGAGAUCGCGUACGCCACCGCCAAGCCGCGCCCGCCGCCGCCGCGCUGAGCCCGGCCAACCUAAGCGCCGCCCUAGCGCUCCGCAUUGUUGUAAAUAAAAUUAUAUUAUAUAAAUAAUAGUUUAUACGACGAAAUAACGUGAACGAAGAUAAGUCGAAUUUCUUUUGAUAGAGACGAAAUAAACUCGUUUGUUUACA